AUGGAGGACAAAGGAGGAGGAGGAAGAGGAGAACCGAUGACAAAGGAGGAUGAUGACAAAACAGAAGUCAUCAAACAGGAGGUGGAGGAGAAGGAAGAAACUCUUCCUUGUGAUCAGGCAGGUAGACAAGCAACCACCCUAGAGCCAGUGGGCAGUCGACCCUGUCACAGUAGCCAAGUGCCCCCUGUAGCUGGCGCCGUCCCCAGGGGCACGCGAGAUGGAUGGAGGCGGUGGGAAGGCGAAAUGAAUAACAGACGCGGGCCCGGUGAUGGUGAGAAUACUGAUGCUGGAAAAAAUUCUCUAAUCACUGGGAUAUGAACACACGACUCCAGAUUAGAGUUUGCAACGCUAUCAACUGCAUCACUAUAUUUGCUUGGGGAAAUGUUGAUCAAAACGAACUCAUAAAUUU